AUGGGUAGCUUUUUAAGACCACAGGUGGCUCUCGCUAUCCGAAGACCAUUAGCCAAUAGCAAUGUUCGUCUGUUAUCGACCAGCCGGAUAGCUUUUCAAGAGGCCAAGACCUCUGCUGUUACCGAAGCUGAGAAGACUGAGGAGGUUCAAGAAUUCGAAACUAUCAGUGGAGCUCCAGCCGAUUUGACCACCAAUAGAAUUGUCAGAAUUUUCCAAGAAAGUAAAGCGACCAACAAGAGAGACUUCAAGGUCAAGGUAUACGCCGACAACUUUUUCCACAGCUCCGGCAAGCUCAAGCAUAUUCGUACUAAAUAA